GCAGAAACGUAAGGCUGAAAGCAUGGAAAGGCUUACGUCCUGGACCUCCUGGAAUCGACGACCAGCCACCAGAUGAAGUAAAGAAUAUUUUAACACCAGUUGUCCUCCAGGCUGAAAAAGAUAUGAAGGCGUGGAUCUGUUAUCCUUCUGUAACCGUUCUCCGAGGGGAAAUAAUGACACCAAACUCACCGUAUGACUGCAGAAUUAAAUUAAGGACUGGUAUGCUACUUAGAAUAUAGUUUUACUAAAUGUUAUUUAUGUAAACUCACUUGGUGGACAUUUUAAAAUUUAGUCUAACCGAUUAAGGGGCGUCUCAAAUAUCAAACUUUUUAUCUUCGGACUCUAGUCAUGCCACUGCAGUGACUAAACUGAUAUUGGCGAAAAUAAUAAAUGUGUCUCAACCCCAAACAUUUCUACUCUCUCAUUGAAAAGAGUAUUAAAUUACUCAUUUUCGAUUUUUUUAGUUAUUUCAGUUUUUGAUAUGCAAAUUACCUUACGUUAUGUCUCACGUGCAUAAUGACUUACGGGGCGUAGAUAUUUGGUAGACAAGUGUUUUCAUGAUCAUGCAAUCGGUAUCAGUAACAAUUCUAGAAAAUUAAUACAUGCGUGCAACAACCUCUCGCCCAGCCUUAUUUCAGGACAGCUACAAUUUCAAAACACUGUUUCCAACAUGAAGUAUUGGAAACAUUAUGUUUGCCAUGGUGACAUGACGUGACAUGAAGAUCGUAUAUUUUUGUACAAAAAAUUAUCUAUUUUAAUUUAACAGCAGAAUCUUCGAUGACAAGCUCUGUAAUGAAGUAUAGUGUUUUUGACAUCCAAUAAGCUUAACUUAAAUUUAAUGUAAAUUUAAUUAUUGUACGAGGGGGAUAGCAAAAUACUUUUAAUUUUAUUCCCUGCCUUCGUUGCAUAUUUGCAAAAGACAACAAAAAUUUUUGGCGCAUGGUCUUGGUGCAUUGUCAUAUGUUAAAAGAUCUUCGCGCAUUGUCAUAUGCAAAGACCUGACCAUGUUUUGAUGUGCCAGAAUAUCUACGGUUUGAACUACUUGCACACACACACACACUUGGUUAUAUCUUUCGGUAUUAUAAGUCUUAAUGAGUAAUUAUAAGAUCUUUUCACUGACUACUGAACAAUAAAAUAAUUCUCUUGUUUUGUAUAGGCUGCCGUUAUGUGACUGACAAAGAUAGCGUUUGUCUAGAAGAAGACGCAAUCUUAUCGGAUUAUCUUUCUCAUUGCAAACUUGUUAAGAAAGAUGAUAAGAUGACCCUGUGUUUACCAAAUGAAGAAGACCAUAAAAUCCCGGAAGGCUUUGGGUGUAUCUUUUACCGAGAGGCGAAGGAGAAGAUUUUUUCCGCUACCGGUGAUGAAGAAGAACGCUUUACUGUUAUUGUUUUGGAUGAAAAAGGAUGGGAUUCUGACUCGACUGAAAAAAGAGAACAGAAGCAGGUUUGUUGCUUCAAUUUUUAAAAGCAUCUACAAAGCGAAAGUUCUUUUUUAAUUAUUCGCUUACGUCAUUAUCAUUAUAAUUACGUACUAGAAAUACAUGCAUGAAGAAUCCCCUCGCCUUCCUGGCAAAACCACUAUAUUUUCCGAACAUGGUAACACGAUAAUUAUAUUAAGAAUAAUUUUAAAAUUGAAAAAAACCCUAGAAAUAUUCACUUUCAAUUACAAAAUUAUCAAUUCCCAAAAAUAUAUAUGUUAGUCACUAUGCGUAAUAUAAGCUUCGAUUCAAUGUAAAAUUCAACUUCAAACGCUUCGCAAAACGUUUAAUAGCCUAAUAAAAAAGUUCUUGAACCUAAACUACCUUUUAUCGAUAAACGUUGAGUUUGAAAUAAAAUGACUUCAAAUUCUCUGAUGAAAAUAAUUAUUUAAAAUUUUAAUAUAAUAAAAAAGGGUAAUUUUUCGUGUUCUCUUUCGUUAUACGCAACGAUCAGUUUGUAAAGCACUGUUUAAUAAACGUACGAGUAGGAUCAUAUUAAUUUAAACGUAAUAUGAAUAAAACAUCAUAACGUAAUAUAUUCAAAUUAUUGCACUUACUUGAAAAAUCAUAAGAGCUUGCAUUUUAUACAAUAAAUAGCUUCAAACAUUGCUUCAAACGAUGGUUCACAAAAUAGUUUAUUAUUGUUCAAAUAUGGCGAAUUAAUUGAUGAUUCCCCUUAUUAGGUUUUCUUAGCGCUUUGCAUUGCGGUUAUAGUGGUAUCACUGAUAAAGAUAGGGGCCUCGAAUGAAAAUAUCGAAUGUUGUCGCGAAUAUUUUGCUGUUGGUUAUCGGGCACCUGACCCUAGCUUUAUUAAAGUUCUUGCACGGGUCAGGACAAAAGAUAAGCCAUCUUGAAUAUCAGUGAUACCACCAUAACCACCAUGCAAAGCGCUAAGAAAACGUAAUAAGGGGAAUCAUCAAUUGACAAAACGAAAAUAUUACAUGGUGUUCCAACGAAAAUAACAGCAAGGAUUGCGGGCGCGCGAGCGGAAAGGCGAGAAUAUAUUAUAAUAGAAGGGCUGAAACACCGGUAAUGCGAUCGUUUGGUGUAUUCCAUAAGUAGCCUGUUCUCUCGGAUAAUUCCAAAGCACCUCCUGCCAACUCUAACAAAGCCAACGCGCUAAAUUAAUGAAAAUAAACAAUGUUAGCUAUACUGGCUAAUAUGAAAUAUUUAAAUGUAGCGACCAACGGUUUUUGUUACAUUAUUUAGUUUUAUUAUUAUUUAGUCAUCGCGUCACGAGAACAGGCUACUUAUGGAACACAUCGCGGGAAAACGGCUAAGAAUGAUCGCUGUUAUAAAUCACAUAAAUUAGAUUGAUCAGUGCAGCUUUUUGGUAUAUAAUGACUAGGCUAAUGUUCAUGUAAGAGAACAUCGACUGAGCCCUAAAAGUACGACAAAAAGAUUAAAUGGAUAGUCUAGAAGCAUUUUAAAAAGUCACGAUAUUUGUUUCAGCCCUUCUAUUAUAAUAUAUUUUCCCCCUCGCCUUUCCGCUCGCGCGCCCGCAAUCCUUGCUGUUAUUUUCGUUGGAACGCCAUGUAAUAUAUUUUCGUUUGGUCAAUUGUUUCGCCAUAUUUGAACAAUAAUAAACUAUGCAUGUUGUGAAUCAUGGUUCGAAGCAUUGCUUGAAGCUAUUUACUGUAUUAAAUGCAAGCUCUUAAGAUUUAUACAAGUCAGUGCAAUAAUUUGAAUAUAUUACGUUAUGACGUUUUGUUUAUAUUACGUUUAAUAUGAUGUUUUAUUCAUAUUCAUAACACAGCUCUUACUUGGACCGCCUGUGGUAUGACAAAUAACGGCAUAUAAUUGUACAUUAUAUUGGAGCUUAUAUUACGUAUAAUAAUAUACAUAAAGAUAUUACUCGACUGUGAUUGGUUGAUUUCAGUGCAGUUAAUCCCAAACAGCCGUGCAAUUUUCUGUAAUCACAGUGCAAUUUCUUGUAAUCACAGUGCAAUUUUCUGUAAUCACAGUGCAAAAAUCUGUAACAAACUGAUCUGAUUGGUGGAAAAACAUUGCGACGAUUAAAUCAACCAAUCAGUUUAAAGCAGUUUAGAUUUAAAGAAGUAACGGUCACAGAUUGCUUCAAAACAAAACAAGCAUGGCGCCGCGCUACAUGUACACAAAGUAAAAGUUGCCUUCGCAUGGAAAAUAUGGCUUUUAUCUUUAUUUUUAAAUGGAAAGCAUUUACCUUGAACAAGACUAACAAAAAAUACACAGUUGAGUGGAAUUUUCAAGCUGUUAGCGUUGUAUAAUGUGAUAAAACAAAGCCCGGAAAACUGUGCCUGUAGAAUGUUCGCUAUAAACGCGUAAGUUAAAACUACAAUUGUUUCGAACAUUUUUAUGUAAAUUAUUAAUAAGUAAUAGCAUGGUUUCUCGUGAAAUUUGGACAAACAUGCACUCGCGAGUUUUUCAAAGACCUCAAAUAGCACUCGUCCUUCGGACUCGUGCUAUUUUGAGGUCUUUGAAAAACUCACUCGUGCAUGUUAUAUCCAAAUUGCACUCGAAACCAUGCUAUUACCUAUACUAAUAAUAUACAUAAAGAUAUUACUCGACUGUGAUUGGUUGAUUUCAGUGCAGUUAAUCCCAAACAGCAGUGCAAUUUUCUGUAAUCACAGUGCAAUUUUCUGUAAUCACAGUGCAAUUUUUUGUAAUCACAGUGCAAUUUUCUGUAAUCACAGUGCAAAAAUCUGUAACAAACUGAUCUGAUUGGUGGAAAAACAUUGUGAUGAUUAAAUCAACCAAUCAGUUUAAAGCAAUUUAGUUUAAAGAAGUAACGGUCACAGAUUGCUUCAAAACAAAACAAACAUGGCGCCGCGCUAUAGUGAAGUAAAAGUUGCUUUCGCGUGAAAAAUAUGGCUUUUAUCUUUAUUUUUAAAUGGAAAAGCAUUGACUUUAAACAAGACUAACAAAAAUUACAUAGUUGAGUGGAAUUUUCAAGCUGUUAGCGUUGCAUAAUGUGAUAUAACAAAGCCAGGAAAAGUUUGCCGGUGGAAUGUUCGCUAUAAACACGUAAGUUAAAACUACAAUUGUCUCGAACAUUUUUAUGUAAAUUAUUAAUAAGUAAUAGCAUGGUUUCUCGUGAAAUUUGGAUAAACAUGCACUCGUGAGUUUUUCAAAGAUCUCAAAUAGCACUCGUCCUUCGGACUCGUGCUAUUUUGAGGUCUUUGAAAAACUCACUUGUGCAUGUUAUAUCCAAGUUGCCCUCGAAACCAUGCUAUUACCUAUACUAAUAACAUACCUAACGUAUAUAUGUUUGGGUCGAAUUUGAUGAUUUUGUAAUUAAAAAGUGAUAUUUUGGCGGAUUUUUCAAUUAUAACAAUAUUCGUCAUGAAAUUAUCGUGUUACCAUGACAACUACUUUAAAUACUUCAUGUUCGGAAGAUAUAAUGGGUUUAUCAGCAAGGCGAGGGUUUCUGCAUGCAUGCAUUUUCUAGUUAAGAAAUAAGAAGUUUGUGCGUUGAUAACACUUGCGGUCACGGCUAGAAAUUUAAGACUAUAUAUCAAGGUAUACUUAACAAUUAGAGAACGAGGCCGAGUUGUCUAUGAGCGAAUAGUCAACGAGGCGAAGCCGAGUUGACUAUUUGCUCAUAGACAACGAGGCCGAGUUGUCUAAUUGUUUUAGUAUAAACUUUAACAUUAAUUUACAACUAGGCUGCAAACACAAUACAAAAAUACACAAAAAAACAUUAUAAAACCAUCAAAAGUAUAAACAAAUAUUUUAGUUUUUGUUCGCGUAAAAUGUUUUACAAAAUUCAGUUUUAAUUUUAAAAUUUCAUUGAGUGUAUGUUAUUUUGUCUAUUUUCUUACCCUUAAAAAUUUCCAUUCCAUAUUUUUAUUGCUUUUUUUCCGGGGGUUUUUAGUACAGAAUUGUUCAACAAGUCGUCCAAAAAAUCAUCAGACACUUCGGCAAAUGUGCAAAACGCGAAUUUUCCGCCAUUUUGAAUUUUCUAUUAGUAGGCUAUCACUAAUAGCCUAUUAGUAGCGUAGCCAAUCAGAAGGUACGAAAUGUGAUAGCCUACUAGUAGGUUUUUACUAAAUACUAAUAGCCCUAUGUAGAAAUUUAAUACGUCAGAAUCAUUAAAUAUGAGCUUUCAACAUAAGAAAUUUAUAACUUGCAAUGUGCAGAAAAUAGCAUAAACAUUUCAUCUUUCCACGUCUCUAACAUUAGAAAAUAUCUCAGUAACUAUACACUUAACGCUCAAACGUCAUGUGCAAUCAUUGAGCGAAAUAAAUCACACACUUAUCCCCUAUAAUUAUAUAUCUGCCUUAUUAAAUAUCAGUUAAAAGCCUGAUCUUUAUUCCAAUAUAGUACAUUUGUAAGCCUUUAUCGAUAUCUUUUCAAUGUGUAGAUCAACAGCAGGAGAGUAAAUCUCAAUUACGAUGUUUAUUUGAAGGCUGUUUUCUUCGUUCUGCAAAAUGAUUUAUGAAAUUGGCUUAUUGUCAGGGUUUAUACAUAAUCAUUAUUCAUAACGUAUUUACAAAUUAGGUAGAAAAUGUUUUUAAUACUCUCGAAUUUUACUGAAUUGCUCACUCGAUGAGUACGCGCAAUGUGAUGUGACCUUAUGGCACUGAAGAUCCUUCAUUCCUGGCUAUGUGGCCAUUUCAUAUUCCCAACGUAUUGGUGAACGUAUAUUGCCAAAAUUAACUCCAAUGUUCAUAAAGACAAGUUGCCCAGGAAAAUAUGGUAUUUAUGACGUGCUUAUCCAAAUGAUAAUUAAAUUUUGUAUUUCUUUGUAGUUUGGCAUAAGGGUUGUAAUGAAUUCGUGGUCUGAAUCUCUGCUUUCACCUGAACAAGAUUGGACGCCCGAGGAAGUAGUGGCCAGGCUGGAUAAAUAUAUGGACUUUUUGUCUUCACUUAAAAAUUAUUUAUUCGAUGACUUUUAA